UGCUUUGGAUUCUUGGAACUUGGGAACACUCGUAACUCCUCACGAGCCCUGUUCACUCUUGUGUGCACUUCCCGCUGCCUCUCUCCUCUCCGUGACGACGAACAUCAUCAUCCCAUCGGAGAACCCAUUGAUCGGCAGCUCGGCGAUCCAGGGUUCAAGAUUCGGUGUUGUUGGAGCUGCGUGGAUUCUCUAAUCUAUGCUGAAAGUUCUCAGCCUAGUGAUUUCUGACAGCAGGGCUUGCAAUGAGGUCUCCAAGUAGAAAAGAGAAUAAUUGGUAUGAAAAUUGGAGCAGAAGAAGUCGGCUUCGAUCUGGGACCAGAUUGUUGGCUUCAGUUCUCUGUGCUAAAGAGGAGGCACCAAGCAAUGCCAACCAAGGUUCUGUGUCAGAUACAUCAGAAACUUUCUCAAACAAAGUGGCUGAGAACCACAUACAAGAGCACUCGGAUGAUGAUGAUGAUGAUGAUGAUGAUGAUGAUGAUGAUGUGGAUGCUGAUUACCAGUUGUUUCUCAAGCAUCUUAGAUUUGAUGGAAAAUCCUAUGUUACUGAGUUGAUUAUUGAUGGAAUCCCCACCCUUGUGCGUUACGAAGGAGAGGAUGAUGUUUUUAGUGAUCUCACUGAGUCAAAACCCAUGAGAAUGUUUGAUGUUUCAAAAGAAGAAAAAUCUUGCGUGGGCGGGAUGGAGUUGAAGAGGGAUGGUCACGGUCCAAAUUCUGGCGAGUCUCUCCAUUCUGAGCAUCCCUUGGUUGGUAAUGGGGUCGUGCAAGGGACGCUAACAGAUGAAGAAUACAGGAUGUUUCUGGAUCAUGUGAGAGAUGAUGAUGGUUUGAUGGUUUUUGAGAUGGACAAUGGUGGCAUAGUCCGAUAUGAAGAGGGUGUAGUGUAUGAAGAAGAAAGAAGAUAUGAGAAAUCAUCUGGUAAUGAUGAAGAUAUGGUUAAAGAGGGCAGUAUCAACUCUUCUAAAAUGGAGUUGCAACCAUAUAUGGGUUCUACAAUUUCACUUGAUAGUGACGAUGAUGAUGUCUCUUUAGCAUUUGAAGACAGACUCAAGGGUAUUCUCGAGGUGCCAUAUGAUCAAAACGAAUAUGAGGAACUGCUAAAGGUUGCAAGUGUUCGAAUGCCAAUAAUUAGGCACAGGCAACUGCGGCAUAGGUCCAGUCCAUAUCCUACUAAAGACUUGGGCUUUUCAUAUUUUGAUCAUUAUCCUGACCUUGCCGAGAAGGUUCAUCAUGCAGAUCAUCCCGAGGGACUGAACCUAUUGCGUGGUUUCUUCUUUUGGUUGAAAAAUGUCAGCCAUGAAGGAGCUUACAUGCCAUGGGCAUCACCAAGCAGCAAGGACAUGCUGGCUGAUGGUUCUGAUUCUGUGAUCCCGCUUCAAAUCGAAAUGAACAUUGACUGAG